AUGCCGCCAAAGAAGAAAGCACAGUUGCAGAAAAUAGAAAAAGCCGAUUGGAAGGAAGGCUUCAAAAAGAAGCAGGUCGGCGUGGCUGACAUGACUAUGUUGAGCAAAGUCAACAACGAUGCCAUAAACGAAAAUUUGAGGAAAAGAUUCGAGAACGGAGAAAUUUACACUUACAUUGGUCAUGUAUUGAUCAGUGUUAAUCCGUUCAAAGAUCUUGGCAUUUAUACAGAUGAAGUAUUAAAAAGCUAUACAGGAAAGAAUAGACUAGAGAUGCCCCCUCAUGUAUAUGCUGUGGCAGAAUCGUCAUACUAUCAUAUGAACAGCUACAAAGAGAACCAAUGUAUCAUCAUAAGUGGUGAAUCAGGAGCUGGAAAAACAGAGGCCGCAAAAAGGAUUAUGCAAUAUAUUGCAACAGUCAGCGGUAGUGGAUCAUCAGCUAUCAAAGAAAUCAAAGAUAUGGUUUUAGCCACUAAUCCCUUACUUGAGAGUUUUGGCUGCGCAAAGACGCUAAGAAAUAACAAUUCAUCACGUCAUGGUAAAUACUUGGAAAUCUUGUUUAAUUCCAACGGUGAGCCAGUCGGUGCCAAGAUCACCAACUACCUACUAGAGAAGGGUCGCGUUGUGGGUCAGAUAGAAAAUGAAAGAAACUUUCACAUAUUUUAUCAAUUCACCAAGGCUGCAUCUCCAGAAUACCAAGAAAAAUUUGGAAUACAGGGUCCCGAGAGUUAUCUGUAUACAAAUGGUAGUGGCUGUUUAGAUGUCCAUGGGAUAGAUGAUGUCAACGAUUUUUCAGAGACUCUGGAUGCAAUGAAUAUUAUUGGUCUCUCGCAAGAAGAACAGGACGGUAUAUUUGCAAUGUUGGCUAUAAUAUUAUGGCUUGGCAAUGUACAAUUUGCAGAAGGAGAGGAUCAAAACUCGGCCGUCAUUGUCGAUGAGAACGUUACAAACUUCAUUGCUUACAUUAUGGAAGUUGACGCUGAUUCUGUUAACAAGGUUCUUACUAAUCGAACUAUUGAGACCCAGCGUGGAGGACGUAGAGGAUCUGUAUACGACGUUCCACUCAAUCCAGUACAGGCUGCAGCAGUAAGGGAUGCUUUAGCUAAAGCAAUCUAUAAUAACCUCUUUGAAUGGAUAGUGGAGCGCAUUAACAGUGCUAUGCGCGAACGCUCAAAGUCAUCGUAUGUAAUUGGUGUACUCGAUAUCUAUGGCUUUGAAAUAUUCGACGAGAAUUCGUUUGAACAACUUUGCAUCAACUACGUGAACGAAAAACUUCAGCAAAUUUUCAUCGAACUUACUCUUAAAACAGAACAAGAAGAGUAUGUUAGAGAAAAGAUUAAGUGGACUCCAAUCGACUUUUUCAAUAAUAAGAUAGUCUGCGACUUGAUCGAAGAGAAACGACCACCCGGUAUCUUUGCUGCUAUGAAUGAUGCAUGUGCGACAGCUCAUGCUGACUCGGAUGCUGCCGACAAUUCUUUUGUUCAAAGACUGGGUUUCCUAAGUUCUAACCCUCAUUUCGAGUCACGCGGCAGUAAAUUUUUGAUUAAACACUAUGCUGGCGAUGUGUUGUAUACCAUACCGGGAAUGACGGACAAGAACAAAGAUCAGCUUGUGAAGGAUUUAUUGGAACUGAUUGCAUCCAGUAGCAAUGCAUUUCUACAGACGCUGUUUCCCAAUAAAGUGGAUCGCGACUCAAAAAAAAGGCCACCAACAGCUAGCGACAAGAUUAAGUCAUCAGCAAAUGAUCUCGUCACAAACUUAAUGCAGGCACAACCAUCGUAUAUUCGUACUAUAAAACCCAAUCAUAACAAGAGCCCUAAGGAAUAUGAUCAGAAGAUGGUACUUCAUCAGAUCAAAUAUCUUGGUUUAAAUGAAAAUAUUAGAGUUCGUCGUGCUGGCUUUGCUUAUCGACAGACUUUUGAAAAAUUCUUAGAAAGGUUUUAUUUGCUGUCUCGGUCAACUUCUUAUGCUGGUGAAUAUACGUGGCAAGGAGACGUCAAAUCAGGUUCUGAACGUAUACUCAAAGACUGUGGCAUCGCCAAGGAGGAAUGGCAGAUGGGUGUCACGAAAGUUUUUAUUAGGCAUCCAGAGACGAUCUGGGCCCUCGAACAUCUUCGUGAUCGCUUCUGGCACAACAUGGCAAUGCGUAUCCAGCGUGCUUACCGCAGUUAUGUUCGCUACAAAAACGAAUGUGCAACGCGAAUUCAGAGAUGUUGGAAGAAAAACAAAGAUCAAAUCGUAUACCUACAACUUCGUGAUUACGGUCAUCAAGUACUUGCAGGUCGAAAGGAGAGAAGAAGAUUUAGUUUACUAAGCAUGAGAAAAUUUAUGGGAGAUUAUUUGUCUGUUGGAAAACCGGGUGGUAGUGGAGACUUUUUGAGAAAUGCUUGUAAUCUUGGAGUAAAUGAUCAAGUUGCCUUUAGUGCAAAAAUCCAGCUAUUGGUUCCUCGACUUGGUAGAUCGAGUAAGCCAAGUCCUCGUCACCUUGUAAUGACGGACAAAUCAAUCCUCAUUGUAAUCUCGACACUCGAAAAGAAGCUCCUAACCAUGUCCAUAGAACGUACAAUUUCCCUCAACGCCAUUAGUGGCGUAAGCCUCUCGAAUCUUCGUGACGAUUGGGUGAUAUUGCACAUUAAUAAUCCAACUAAAGAAACCGGAGACCCAGUCUUCUCCUGCUUCUUUAAAACGGAAUUCGUAGCUCAUCUUCUCCAGCGCACCGGUGGUCGUAUAAGUGUCAAUGUUUCAUCUCAAAUAGAAUAUACUAGGAAAGCAGGCAAGACUGCAACGAUCAAAUUUACAAAAGACGAAACUGUAACGAAGAACGAUGUCUAUAAAAGCCACACAGUUUCAGUCUGCUCCGGUUCGCCUCCGGACAGUGUUUCUGACCCCCCUUGUCCAAGAAAAGAGUCAGCUCGACCGGCUGCUUCUAGAAGAACAAAGAAACCGAGCCCUUCAUCCGCGUCAACAGAGCAAGGAGAAUUAUCAUUUAAGAAAGAUGACAUAUUGGAAAUUAUCAAGAAAGAGACUGAUGGUGUCGACAAUGGAUGGUGGCUAGCACGCAAAGAUGGCAAGGAAGGCUGGGUGCCAAGUAAUUAUCUCGAAGAAGUUGAAACGCCCAAACCUGCACCAGCCCCCCCUUUGCCGAGCAAACGGCCACCACCACCGGCAGCCGAAAAAACUUCACCUCCGAAACCGCCCUUUUCUUCCAACAGCUCUAAUACAGCACCCGUUCCAGUUAUGCCUGGACUGGCUCCGGCCACUGGAGGUGUUCCUAAGUGGAAACAAGAUUUGGAAGCCAGAAAAGCUGCCAAGGCCGCCGGUGGAAAAGAAACUCCAGGCGUAUCUGCAUCUCGUCCGACUCCGGUUGCUCCGCCUAAACCGGCUGCUGGUGCUCGAAAACCCCCAAUUGUGCCCAAGAAGCCUGGGGUUGCGACAAAACCUGCUGCUCCGCGAAAACCUGGUGUUGGUGUAAAGCCACCGCCAGUCGCUCCACCACGACCGGGAACCGCGAGUAUUGCUGAUGCGAUCAAAGCGCGCAAUCGAACACAGAAUCCACCUGAGGAUAAUGACGAUGAUGAUUGGAACUAG